AUGGAGCGAAACGACAAGAAGGCAAAGGAUGCCAUCCCUGAAUGGGACGGCAACCCAGGACGUUGGCGACACUUCGAGACGGCAGUGAAGUGGUUCCCCCGCACGCUGAAGCGGCAGGACAGGGACCUAGCGGCGAACAGGAUCAUCGGUCGCAUGCUACAGAGUAAGACGAUCGCCAUACGGACGUUUGCGACCACCCUGGAUCCAGAUAGAUAUGAGAAUCCGAACGGCCACCUCCUCCUCCUAGACGACCUGAGGAACAGUCCACUGGGAAAGCUACCUAUCCCGGACGCGGCCCACAAGAUUAAGCACUACUACAAGGACUUCAAGCGGCGCAAAGGCGAGACAGUGGGCGCGCUCCUGAUCCGGGAGCAGGACUGCUACUCAGAGAUGGUCCAGGCGCUGGAGCGCCUCUUGGAGGAGAUGGGCGACAAUGACAAGUACAAGCAGUGCCAGGAGUGCUACGGCUACUUCGACAGAGACCGUGGCGCAGCCGGACGUGGACAAUGGUACUGCCAGAGGUGCUGGGACCACUGGGAACCCAGCCCCGACGCGCCGACGCCCUCGGCAGCAGAUGACGCCCCUGCCGAGGAAGCAGAAGAAGCAGAUGAGUAUGAACGACAGUCGAUGACGUCUCGCUCGCAGGGCUCUCGAACGGAUCGAUUUCACCGACAAGAAUCCAUGGCGAGCAAGCUCAAGGUUUCGGAAGCAAUGGCAGUGGGCUCCACAUUCUUCGGCCACGCUUCUGGAGUCCUGAAGGUCCUCCGCGGUUUCUUCCUGCUCGAGGCGAUGGAUUUCACCGAGAAGGAGAAGCAGGACGUACGCGUGGUCACGCAGAACCGCUUGGAUUUCGAUGCAGUCUCCAAGGCUUUGAAGGAGAGAUGGGAGGACAAGGCGCUGGUGCAGCGGGACUUCGGACCAAGGGCUAUGCCUCGGUACGGCCCGGAGUCGAGCCCUCAGUCGGCCCUCGUUGCAGAGUUUGACGACGUACACGGACCUGACUGGUACGACGGCUACGCAGCGGCAGUUCAGGCGUGGGAGAACGACGGUUACGACCACCACGAGAACGAGGACGACUACGACGUCGUGGAGGAGCCGCAGCUCGCCUCAGAGCAAGAGGAGUCCGAGGCCAUGGACGAGGAUCUCAACCAUCUCAACGAGGAGCUCGAGGCGGCCCAGGCGAUGGCAGCAGAGGGCAGCAAGGGCAGCAAGGGCGGCAAAGGCAGCAAGUACCGCGACAGGGACCACGACCAGAAGGGCAAGAAUGCGAACUACCUGGAGUUCCACACGAUCACGCACGGGUUUGACGAGCUCCAGGGUCUGUACCAGGCGGAGCUGAACGACAGCGGCCUCGCCCCUUCUGAGGCCAUGGUUGAUUGCGGGGCUUCCGCGUCCGCCGGAGGCGAGCGCGCAGUCCAGGCCCUGGUUGCCGCCGUUGCGGCUGCGAACCCACAGGCCAGGAUCGAGAUCAACAAAAAUGAAAGACCGUGGUUUCGUUUCGGAGACAAUAAGUGGGGCAGAGCACUGUAUAAGGUUUCGGUCGAGUUCGAGCCGGGCUUCGUUCUGGGUAUUUUCGCUCUUAGUCCUGGCGUGCCUCUCGUUCUGUUGGGAAUGACCGCUCUGGAGUCGUGGCCGGCAAUCGUGAAUUUCCGAACCGGGGAGGCUGUGAUCAGGGGUCAACUGGUGCAGCUUCGCAAGACUCCAGGCAAGGGCCAUUGCAUCCUCGACCUGGUGAAGCACGGCAAGGACGAAUGGGUACCUGUCGACAUAGAUGCCGACAAGAAGGAGGAGGGCCCGGAGGUAAAGUCACCUUCGGCGGCAGCGAGCUCCGGACCUACGACCCAGGUCAAGCGGGAGUUCGUCUUCAACGGCCAGAAGAUGGAGUAUGUCACCUCGGAGGGCAAGGUCAAGGAGAGAGACCCGGGCAACGCGCACCAGGGUCGCAAGAAGGAGAAGCAGAUGGAGCUGGACCCGGCGUUCGCACUGCAGGUGGACCCCCGCGAUCCGAGGACCACACGGGGACCGUGCGGGCAGACGCAUCGCAAGUACUUCACGGUCAACAACCAGUGGGGCCAGACCAGGACAUGCUAUCGGUGCGGGCUGAGGUUGCUCUACGUCCCGACGGCGAAGGCGCCGAUGACGAACCUCAGCAUGCAGCAUCCGAAGUUGGUGGAGUCCGGCCUGGAGUUGGUGCGGCACUGCAACCUGUGGGAGACGGCCAAUCACGAGCAGGUGACUGCGAUGAUCAACAUCGCCACCUCUCUUCGGAGGCUUCCCGGGACCGAGAUCCGCCACGCGCCGGACGCGCUGCUGGAGAUGCUGGGGGCAGCGAAUCCCAGGUCACUACUCGCAGGACUGGCUUUGGCCAUGACCGUGGGUACGAUCACCGAGGCGGUGGAGAUCUGCUGCCAUCCCAACAGCAUGCUGACCGACGAGUGCACCAACAUCGGCCUCAGCAUGGAGCGGAUCAGCAUCGAGAACGGUUACAACCUCAGCACGAAGGCGGGGUUCGAGGCCGCUAGCAAGAAGCUGGACGAGGUGAUGCCGAAGCGGGCUUGGAUAUCGCUACCAUGCACGCUAUGGACUUCGCUUACGAACUUCAACUACAAGACCCCAGAGGCACGUGCACGCCUAGAGAAAGAUCGACUUCGAGACCGACGACGUGUGAAGUAUGGAGUUCUCCUGUUGCUAAAGAUUGUUGACAACGGAGGAGAGGUCUACUUCGAGUGGCCCCACAGGUGUCAAGGCUGGAAGAUUCCCGAGCUCAAUUUUCUUCGUAUGGAAUUGAGGCGUCGGGGACGACACGUCUUCGAAGAUCGGAUCGACGGGUGCAUGUACGGCCUCAGGGACUACAACACUAACGAGCUCGUCGAGAAGGGCUGGAGGAUCAUGACCACCGACCCGGAGUUCUCCAAGGUCGCGACCGUGUGUGACCACUCACACGGUCACCGAGUCAUCAGCGGGAAGCUGCACACUGCAGCCACGGCCUACUACCCGCAGGCGAUGUGCAAGGCAAUCGCCCGGCUAUGGCAUGCUCAACUCCGGACCCCAAUCGACCUCAACACGGCCCUGGAGAACCCUGCUGUCCUCGACCUCGAGAAUGCCUACCUGAUGGAGCGGGACACCGGGAGCAUCUACGUCGCUGAGCCCACGGAUCUCGAAAGGGAACAGGUUCGAGCAAUGUUGAGCAAGAUACACAAGGCUGCAGGGCAUCCAGGUAACGAGCACUUGGCUUACUGGUGCAAGAAGCGACAGUGUCCACGCUGGAUCAUCGAAGAAGCGAUCAAUCUUCGCUGCGAGGCAUGCGACUUAGUCAAGCACGGCGUUACCCACAAGGUCAAGGCGAGCCUCGACAUCCCCAUGGCACCUUGGCAGGCAGCCGUCAUGGACGUUUCCGACCUGACGUUCCCGGACUUGAAUGUGAAGGCCAGGUUUCUCCUCAUCGCAGAGGUCGCCACCGGCCUGAUGUGCGGGGACAUCACUGCGAAGAUCGGCCUCAAGGAUAAGGGCACAGAUUCGUCAGCUACGCUGUUCACGACGUUUGCCAGAGCCUACCUUCAACACUAUCCCAAGCCAAGGUGGGUUUUCGUCGAUCCUCAGACCUCUUUUGUGGGUGGCGAGUUUAAAGACAACUGCCAGUUGGCCGGCAUCGGCGUCUCAGCGAAACCAGGAGGAGCACAUUGGAUGGCUGGCGACAUCGAGCGCCGCAUCUCGACCGUCAAGCAGGUAAUGAGGAAGCUUCGCCUACAAUACCCCAAGCUGAGUCCCGAGACCGUGUUUUACAUCUCGAUUGCGGCGGCCAACAACAUGGACAACAUCAAGGGCUACACGCCGAUGCAGUGGGCUUUCGGGUUCUCUCCCACCGAGGACCCAAUCUUGGCGCAUAACGCAGCUACUGGCAAGUUGAAGUCCGACUUCUUCGAGAUCGAGCGGGUACGAGCGGAUGCAGAGGCGACUUACCUGAAGGAGAAGGCAUCCAGGAAGAUCUCAGAGCUGAAGAACUCAGCCCCACGACCUCGACAUGAAUAUAAGCGAGGGGACUGGGUCUGUGUCUGGCGGUCGUACGCUGCGACAGGGAAGCGAAAGCUUUCCGGACAGGAUUUCUUCACGGACGGCCUCUUCAUCGGACCGGGCAGAGUACUGUUCUCCGAGCCGGCGGUCCAGACAGGCAACAAGGACGGCGUGAUCUGGGUCAUCAUGGGCAACCGAUGCUGGCGCUGUGCAGCUGAGCAACUGCGGCCAGCCACGCAGUCGGAGAUCGUCCAGAUCAACCUGAAGAAGGACGACAUCCUCAACAGUCCGCUCGAGGACGUCUGGAGGCACCUCCAGGACUUUGACGACAUCGCCGGGGAGCCCUCCCCAACGGCAGAUGGCAUGAGGAUGCUACCACGUCAACCUCUUGAGGGCAUGCCGAGGGUGAUCGAGAAUCCCGAUGUGGCCGUGGAACCCCACGACGUCACGGAGGCAGAUGACGACCUGGAGGUCGACGAGGCGGCGAGCGACCAUGUGGAAGCCAGCGAGACCGACAUCAUCAACUUCGUGCAGGAUACGAACAACGAGGCCGAGUUGGACUUGAUGAAGAUUGAGAUCGAGACGGACCUGGAGGAGUUCUGUUUCGAUGCGAGCGCGUACCUGGAGAAGCAGCUGAACCGAGUGGCCAACAACACGGUCAAGAAGGGUGUGGAGGUUUCGUUUGGCCGCCUGAGCCCCGAGGAGAAGCCACUGUUUCAAGAGGCAAUGGCACGGGAGCUGGCGGAACAUCUGGAAGUACCGACAGUCCGGGCUGCAUCGGCUUACGCUGACUACAAUCGUGGAAAGGACAUUCCAGCGGACAAGCUGAUCAAGAUGAGGUGGCUACUGACCUGGAAGCCUUUGACACCACCUGAACCACCGGACAAGUCGGACCCACACCCCGUGAGCACGCCAGACGGGAAGUUCAAGGCGAAGGCCCGUAUCAUUCUGUUGGGCUUCUCACAUCCAGACCUUGUCAGUCGGGACAAGUUCGGAGAUCGGGUACUUCCCACGGCGUCACCAACCAUUUCAAGAAAAGGGAAGCUGGCACUCCUCCAGAUGGCUGCUUUCCACGGCUGGACCUUCGAGCUAGCCGACGCGAAGUCCGCCUUCCUGCAGGCCGGGCACACCGAGGAGUGGAGGAAGCUCUACACGAAGGGCGUGAAGGAGCUCCGGCAGGCCUUGCAGAUCAACGAGGAGGAGUCCAUGAGAGUCUUGGCAGCGAUCUACGGGAUCACGAAUGCGCCGUGGGUUUUCUGGAAGUACGUGGACCACAAGAUCCACGAAGCAGGAGGCAAGAGCGUCCUCAUCGAGCCACGCAUCUGGAUCAUUCAGGACCAGAACGGCACCGUGUGCGGGGUCAUUGGCUCGCACGUGGACGACUUUGGCAUCGCAGGCGACAGCGACAACAAGUUCUACCUCGACAUGAAGAACAUGCUGAAGGAGCCAUCGGGCAAGAUCCAUGCUAGCCAGGAGGAGUUCUGUCACCAGCUCCUCGAGAUCAGGGUCGAGUCCGGCAAGUACCUCUCGAAGGACGACAAGCUCAAGCCGGAGGACGUCACCCAGUUCAGGGCAGGCCUGAUGAAAUGCCAAUGGAGAGCGACACAGACAGCACCACAGUUCUCAUGUCGGGUGUCACUGUUGGCUCAACGGGUGAACGAGGCGACGUUCGGAGACCUGAAGGACACGAACGCCCUCAUACGCGAUGUGAAGCGGACAGCUCGUGAUUCCCUGGUGUUCCACAACUUCAAUAGCAACGGUGGCGGUAAGCUGAAGUGGGACGACCUAGUGAUCGUGACGUGGGUCGACGCAAGCAGACUACUACAACGAGGAGGUUACAUCGUGGCGUUCACCACGGCCGAGAUCCUCAAGCAGAAGGAAUGUGCAGUAUCGAUCGCCGACUGGAGAUCGUACAAGCUCAAGCGCACCGGCAUCGGCACCAACGGCUGCGAGGGACAGGCUCUGUACGACGGCGAGAACGCGGCGUACCUGAUGCGCAUGCUGUGGUCAGUCAUGCACGGAGUUCCAGUCACCGCGCACACUCAGGAGGAGGUGGCGCAAUCCAUGACCUCGGUGCUGGUGAUCGACAGCCGAGGAGUUUAUGAUUCAGUUCACAACAAGGAGAGUUUCGGCAUAGGCCUGAGCGAUGCGAGGACCGGCGUGGAGGUUCUACAUGUGAAGGCGAACUGCGGGCCCGAGAAGAACCAGCACCUGGUUUGGGUCCCCUCGGACCUCAAUCUCACCGACGGCCUCACGAAGGACAGUCCCGAGGCAAGGAAGCCUCUGGCUCUGUGGCUUGCACGGCGUACCUGGAUCAUCAGGUACGAUGAGGACUUCAUGUCAGCCAGGAAGCGACAGCGAGCCAACAAACUCGCUCAGGACAAGCCGCAGGCAUCUACAGACGCUGAAGCCGAG